GUAGUGAGGAGCAUGUCCAUUUCUGGAAACAUAGAGGAUUUUGGACUAAUUUGGCAUACCUUGGGCGCGAUGGAGUUCACCUUGGGGUAGAUUCGGAUGGAUGUUAUCCAGCACCCAUGGUCAAAUACUUGAGGAGCAUAAAAUAUGCAGUGCAUAACAGAGUUCAAAAACUCAAGAAAAACCAUGCCUAAGCGGGCUUUAGAGGGGCGGUCAACAAAAAGGAGGCGACCGGCAAAAGUACCACGAAAUGAUGACUUAAGUCUUCAAGCAGAACCAGUGUCUGAUGAACCAGUGGCUCGUGCAGAACCAGUGUCGAGUGAUGCUAUUAAUUACGACUUAUUAGCUGCAGCAAUCUUAAGACAAUCCCAAACUUUGUCCCAAAACCAGACAAAUUCGAGUGAUAUCACCAUGGAUAUCCUGCAGCCAUGUGUUCAAAACCAGGGUGAUAUCGAAGCCCACGCUCAUCCAAUGGCAAGUCAGCAAACAACAACAUCAACAGUUAGUGACAACCAGCCUCAGCAAAAUAUUGCAGACUUAGUGCGUUAUUACAACAAGACGGUCAAGGAAGCUUUUCAAGAAACACCUCAUUUACACAGACAACAUACAAAAAUCCCAGUGGAUCUUCUUUACAUUUGACAAACUCUGCAAAAAGAAUUCUACAGGCUUCCUUAGCCCCUGCAACAAGGAAAGCAUAUCUACAUUCAUGGCAUAUUUUCCUUGAAUGGGUAGGCUCCAUAUCCUUACCUGUACAUUACAUUACAAUAUGUAAUUUUAUAGGUCAUUUAUUCGAAAUUGGUUAUUCACCAAGCUCAAUAGCAUCCCACAUUUCGGCUUUAACAUAUAUUCAUAAGAUAUUAAAAUUGCCAGAUCCCGCUCAGUGUUUCCUAGUACAAAAGCUGCUAAGAGGUUGUUACAAAUUAGGUCCAUCGGUAGAUACCCGUCUUCCAAUUACAGGUGAAAUUUUGAAAAAACUUGUGAAUUCACUAGAUCAAUCUGUCUCAACUAGGGCACAUUCAUUGUUACUUAAGGCAUUGUUUUUGAUGGCAUUUCAUGGUUUUUUCAGGUUAGGGGAAUUGGUUAUAAAAUCAAAGACUCAGUCAGAUAAGGUCAUUCAGAGAUCAGAUGUCCAUUUUGAGACAGCUCAUGGAAAGCUAAAGCAGGUGCAAGUGGUGUUGAAACAUUUUAAAACAGUCAGUUAUGGACAGCCAAAGAUUAUUACAUUAGAAGUAUCAAAAAACACUAAGUCAUGUCCAGUACAUGCAUUGUUUUACUAUUUAAAACAUUAUCGCCAUUCUGGUGGCCCCCUUUUCCAGUUUUUAGAUGGUUGUCCGGUGCCUUAUUCCUUUGUGGCAAAAAAGUUAAAUGAAGUGAUCAAAAAUAUUGGUUUGGAUCCAAAACAUUAUAAGGGUCACAGCUUCAGAAUUGGUGCUGCAACUCAUGCAUCUAAGGUUGGUUUCUCGGAAAAUGCGAUUCAGAAUAUGGGUAGAUGGAAGUCUGAUGCUGUUAAACGAUACAUUCGGUUGGGUUCAUUUAAUGUUGCACUUGACUAAGAAAAUUAAUCUGUUUAGA